AUGACCGCAAGGAUCACGAUUACCAUAGCAAAAAGUAUUUAUCAACCGUGGACAAUGAAUAAAUGUAAAUCAAACGAGACAAAAGUAAGUACUAGUUUACCCUGUCCUGUCGAACUACCGCGCUCGCGAGUUGAACUAUACAAUGCUUUUUAUUUUUUCAAAGUAGAAGGCAAACUACAAGCUCGGAAAUCGACUAACAAACGAGCUUUGCCUUUGCUUAGGGUGAUGAAAGAUGAAACAGUCUUUCCCGGGGGCGUAUCAAGGUCCUUCCAGGAGGAAAGACGAAGCCAAGAUAAAAAUCAGCGAUGUAGGUAGCACCCGGCAGCAAAGUGGGCAGGAUUACUUACCACGUAAGUAGCGGCUCAACUGAUGAUUCCAGCACUAACAUCGGACAUUAUAGAAUUCAUUAUUGUACGAUCUGGAGGUGGUCGAUCAAUCUCGAUGUUAUGUGAAGCUGCAGCUGCUUCGAAUCACUUCAAAAGUUGUCUGUUUUAUCAUUGAAAAAAUUGUGUAAAAACAGAAGUUAGUGUUAGUUUCGUAAUCGAAUGCGAAGUUACCUAAGAGUAAGACCUGUAGAAAAUUAUCAACCUUUAGCGGACGAGAUUGAACAGCGAGCGCGUCAGUGACAGGGUAAACAACUCAUGAAUGAAAGAUCUCGAAAAUGCAAAAUAGUGUGUACUUAGGAAUGCGUGUAGCAUAUUCGAUAAGUUCGAUCGUGAUACUUUUAUGUGAUAUAGAGUAGAAAAAGAAAAAAUACUUGGAGAUUGUAGUUGAAAUACUUGAUAUUAUGAUGGACUUUUUGCUUGAGAAUCAAUUAUCUGUGACAGCAAUAUGAACUACAUCAGGGCGUCAAAGGUGCGGGGGAGCGCGGCUAAAUGAAGCGCUCUUCCUUCAUUUUUUGCCGGAUUGCUGUUUCAGCAAGUGAAGAACAAGAUAGAAAAAAAUUAUAGAGGCACUAAUUUGUAGUUGAUGUACAUGUAUGAUUGAUCCAAAAAGAAAAAUAAAUAACUUCUACUAUUGUGUCGCGGUUGCGUGAUCUCCUCGUCUCACUGAAGAGGUUACAAACCCGCAAACUGCAAGAUACAGAAGUGGUUCUAGCUCUAUUGAGCAACAUGUAAGAUGUAGUCGCGAGAAGCAAAAAAUUGCACACCAAGACACCCUGCAUACUAGCAUAUUAGAAGUAAUGAGCACCAGCAUACGACCAUAGAGCAAGAGCAUAUGAUAUAGACAAGAUCGAGAAUAGUUGCAAGCAGACUGCACUCGGCAAACACGACGACAAAAUGAACCAACAUGAGAAGAAUGAUCAUGAUGUUUCUGUUUCUCGCAGAUAGUCUUGAAGUAGCAUUGAAUGACACCUCGAGAUUAGCGGAAGCAGAACAGCAGAACAAAGACAAACAUGUUUUGAGCCAUGAUUGCAUUCAUUUUUUUAGACAAAACACGACCAUGACCAACAUCGUUCACAUGAAAAAACCGCAG